CUCCGGUCGCGCAGUGGGAAGACCCGGAGCGGAGCCCGAGCGGGUUGCGGCGUAGUCGUGGUCGCCAUCAUGUUCCGGUACCGCGUGGCUACCCGGCUGGUGCGGGCAUUCGGCCCAAGGUCGCGGGAUCGUGCGGGGGCAGGCAACUUGUGUCAGCGAUGGAAAGUUCCCUUAGAAGUUCAGCUCAGCAGACACAUGACUACUUCUAGCUCUGGUGUUCCGGGGGGCACAGGCGAAAAUGCCAUCUAUGCCCUCUUUUUGGGCUUGUCCACCUUAGGAGCAGGGGUCUAUGUGUACAAGACCCUGAGAGAGGAUAAAGAGCGACAGAGCAGGCGCGUGGGUCAGCACCCACAGCAGGAGGCAAAGCCCCCGUCAGAAGCAGAUGCCGCCUCCCAGAGCUCAGCAGCCCUGGAAGCUGAGGCAACUGUUCUCCCCGAAUUCCCAUCACACGUCCCUUUCCUACUCAUCGGUGGAGGCACCGCUGCUUUUGCUGCUGCCAGAUCCAUCCGGGCUCGAGAUCCUGGGGCCAGGGUGCUGAUUGUAUCUGAAGAUCCAGAACUUCCCUACAUGCGGCCUCCACUUUCCAAAGAACUCUGGUUUUCAGAGGAUCCAGACGUCACUGAAACUCUGCGGUUUAAGCAGUGGAAUGGCAAAGAGCGGAGUAUUUAUUUCCAGCCACAGUCUUUCUAUGUCUCUCCUCGCGACCUGCCUCACAUAGAGAAUGGUGGAGUGGCCGUCCUCGCUGGAAGGAAGGUGGUCCACAUGGACGUCAGGGGCAAUGUGGUGACGCUCGACAACGGCACGCAGAUCUCCUAUGACAAAUGCUUAAUCGCCACAGGUGGCUCUCCAAGGAAUCUUCCCGUGAUCGAAAGAGGGGGCAAAGAGGUGCAAAAGAAGCUCACUUUGUUCCGGAAGAUUGAAGAUUUCCGCUCAUUGGAGAAAAUGUCCAGAGAAGUCAAGUCGAUCACUAUCAUUGGCGGAGGUUUCCUGGGAAGUGAGUUGGCCUGUGCUUUGGGGCGAAAAGCGCAGUCAAGGGGACUAGAGGUGAUCCAGCUCUUCCCGGAGAACGGCAACAUGGGCAAGGUGCUUCCCGAGUACCUGAGCAACUGGACCACCAACAAAGUCAUGCAAGAGGGGGUGAAUGUGAUGCCCAAUGCUGUGGUGAAGUCCGUGUCUGUUGCUGGCAACCGGCUGCUGAUACAGCUGAAGGACGGAAGGAAAGUGGAGACAGAUCACAUUGUGGCGGCAGUGGGCUUGGAGCCUAAUGUGGAGCUGGCCAAGUCUGCGGGCCUGGAGGUGGACUCUGACUUCGGGGGCUUCCGAGUGAAUGCCGAGCUGCAGGCCCGCUCCAAUAUCUGGGUGGCUGGGGACGCGGCGUGCUUCUAUGACAUCAAGCUAGGCAGGCGGCGUGUGGAGCACCACGAUCAUGCAGUUGUGAGCGGCAGACUGGCAGGAGAAAACAUGACGGGAGCAGCCAAGCCUUACUGGCACCAGUCCAUGUUCUGGAGUGAUCUGGGUCCAGAUGUUGGCUAUGAAGCCAUCGGCCUGGUAGACAGCAGCCUGCCCACAGUGGGGGUCUUUGCUAAAGCAACCGCAAAGGACACCCCAAAAUCAGCAACAGAGCAGUCAGGAACUGGAAUACGCUCCGAGAGUGAAACCGAAACGGAAGCAUCGGAACUCAAGGUUUCGGCCGCCUCACCUUCCAGCUUGCAGGCUCCUGAACAAGGAGAGGACUAUGGGAAAGGAGUCAUUUUCUACCUCAGGGAUAAGGUGGUGGUGGGCAUCGUGCUGUGGAACAUCUUCAACCGGAUGCCAGUCGCUCGAAAGAUCAUCAAGGAUGGGGAAGAGCACACGGACCUCAACGAAGUUGCCAAACUCUUCAACAUCCACGAGGACUGAACGUGCCCAACCCCAACACUGGGGUGCAUUUGGAGACCGGAGGGGACGGGGGUGCGGGGUGCGGGGGUCCUUUGUCCGACAGUUCUCCCCUUCCCCAUACUGUGUGAAUGUCUGGAAUGGCUCUGAGCACUCUUUGCACCAUGAAUUAAACCAGAUUGAUGUCUAACUUA